AUGAAAUUAUUGAACAUUGCCAAACAUCUUCUUCAUUUAACUCAAACUAAAUAUGGAUUUGAAAAUUCUGCACCAACUACUGAUGAAAUUUUUGCUGCAGAAAAAUUAUUCGAAAUUCUGAAGUCAUUUAAGGAUAGCUACUUCAGUGAGUUAUAUACUUAUGAUACUCUGGAAUUGGAAGAUGAAUAUGAUGAAAUGACUGAUGAAGAAGAAAAAGAUGAUGAAAAUAGUUAUUUUAAUUUACAAAACCGGUUUACAUUAGAAGAAAUGAAAAAUAUAAUUGAAUGGGUUGACCAACAUCCAAAUGCCAGAUUCGCAACUAUUUCCAAUCGAUUUAAAAAGAUCAAAUUCAUGAAUUAUAUUACAAGAUUCAGAGAAUAUAUUGAAAACAAUGGUACACGAUCAGACAAAUUAGAAAAAAUUAAAGAAUUUAUGUUUGAUCAAUUUUAUUUGAAAAGAGCUAUUGAAAAAGAUGCCGUUCAUGACGCUGACCUUGAAUUAUAUGCAAUUCAAAAAGCAAGAGAAUUAAAUUGGGAUGAAUUCAAGGCAAGAAAAUCAUUUAUUAAUAGUUUUAAAAGACAAAAUAGAAUAUCGUCAAGAAGAGUUAAUAAAAUUAUUACUCGAACUAAAACAAAAAAGAAAUUCCGCAGUUUAAACGGUAAUUAA